UCAAUCAUUCAAGGUUGUUUCGCUUCGACUGCAGAGAAGGAAGAAGACGUCUCGGACGAGCCAGUGGUUUAUAAGUACAGCAGCGCCACGAAUUUAGUGCAAUGUCAGAGAUCCAGGAUCCGAAAUCUGUACAGGACCUGACUGGGGUGGUCCAGACAUUGCUGCAGCAGAUGCAGGAUAAAUUCCAGACCAUGUCAGACCAGAUCAUUGGAAGAAUCGAUGAGAUGAGUGGCCGCAUCGAUGACCUGGAGAAGAACAUUGGUGACCUGAUGACCCAGGCUGGCGUGGAGGAGAUGGAGGCGGAGAACAAGGUCAAGGAGGAACAGGGCUCUGCUUAAAAGGUAAUCAACAUGGAGUCCACU